AUGGAACUGCCACAGCCACCGCAAGAUCAAGAUCUCCGCAACAUAAUCGACAAAUUAGCGCAAUUCGUCGCAAGAAAUGGACCGGAAUUUGAGAAGAUGACCAAGAACAAACAAAAAAAUAACCCAAAAUUUAGUUUCCUGUAUGGCGGCGAGUACUUCAACUACUAUCAAUACAAAGUGACGACAGAACAAGCAAUUCUAAAGCAAACGGCCGGUGGGCAGGCGGCAUCCGCUCCCGCCGGGGCCUAUAUGGCACAGAACAGGCAAUAUGUAAUGCCCCAACAGGCCAGCGCGACGCCUGCUCAGCUGGGUCUAGCGGCCUCGAUGGCGGCGGCACCUGUACUUCAGCAGUGGCUUGCAGUCAACUCUGCCCCGCCUCCCCUUCCUCAGCACCCACAAGAAAUCGACAGCAUCACAACACAGAUCAAUGUGCUGAAAGAACAGAUUACUCAGUCAGAAAAUAAUCUAAAUGCUCAACAUGCUGUUUUGAUACAACAGCAGCAAGUGAAGAUCAAUGAGCUUGUCAGCAAGGCACAGAUGGAGUCUUUACAGAUAAUGGCUGAUGAGAACAACAUCAAUCUUAGUGAACUUGACAAUAUUCUACAGCCAAUAAUAGACAGUUGCACUAAGGACAGUAUUUCUUCAGGAAAGGGUUGGAUACUUCAACAUGCUACAUCCCAUGAUGCUGGCAAAGUCAUAUCUCAACACCUGCUUAGAAAAGUCACUCAAACUGGUGCUGCUUUUACUCAGAAACUACACAUCAUUUACCUUGUAAAUGAUGUACUCCAUCAUUGUGCACGCAAAAACGCAGAAGAUCUCAAGAAAAAUUUGGAAAAUGUGGUGGUUCCAAUGUUUUGCAAUGCCAGUAUAGCGGUGACAGAGGAGCAGGAAGCUAAGUUAAACAAGUUACUUCGUCUUUGGGAGUCCAAGUCUAACUAUUUCGAGACAGCAGUAAUUGAAAAAAUGAAGAGUCCCACCAGCUCCUACCAAGAUUAUCAGAACGCCUUAAUCUCACAGCAUGCGAAUGCUAUUUCGCAUCUGACACAGCAAACUAAAUCUACUUUUGAGAAUUAUCAAUCACAACACCAAGCUUUUGUUGGUCACACAAUGCAACAAAUACAACAAUUGGAAAUGCAAAAACAUGCCCUUGAGAUGCAAAAAACUCAAGAAAACAAUGAAAAUGAGCAGCAAAGUAAUAUGGGAAAUUUUCAUAAUAGUAAUUUCAGUGAUAUAGGAUAUCCACAGAUGGGUGGCUAUGAUCAAAACUUUAAUGCAAACUCAAAUAGUCAGCAAUAUGGUAGUGAAAGUGGGGAUAAUUACCCAACAAACAACAGUAUCAGUGGAAAUGAGAAUAGUUAUGAUAGCCAAAUAUUUGAACAAAUAGCAAAGCAAAAGAAAGAAAAUAUUGAAGAUCCUGAUUUAUCUAAUCUACCAAAUGUAAACUUCUCCAUACCACCACCAGGCUUCAAGCCUCUUGAUAAUGCACCACUGCAGGCUUUCCAAAAUGGUCUUCCUGACCUUAGCAAACCUCCACCAGGUUUUCCACCAUUAAUUCCUGAAAUUAACAAUGAAGAUUUGAUGCCUUCAGUACCAUACUUCGAACUCCCCGCUGGUUUAAUGGUUCCACUUAUUAUGUUGGAAGAUGACAACUAUAAACCAUUAGACCCGGACAGAAUUCGUUUACCACCACCAGCACCUCCAAAUGAUAGACUUUUAGCAGCCGUUGAUGCAUUCUUUGCCUCGCCGAAUCAUGAACGUCCACGAGAUAAUGAAGGGUGGGAGAAAUUAGGAUUAUACGAGUAUUACAAAGCAAAAAAUUCAGCAAGAAAGAUGAAAGAAGACGCUAUAGCGCAAGGUUAUAGACAAAAAUCGAAAUCACCCAGUCCCAUUCCUAAGGAUUUACAGAAACAACCUACUCCACCAGGAAGAAGAUACAGAUCACGGAGUAAAACACCCGAACCUAAUAUACCAAUGAAGUCACGAUCACGUUCACAGUCACCUAAAAGAAAACACAAUAUGUGGAAAAGAGAGAGAGAAAGUGCAAGAGAAGGACGAAGACGUACCCGGUCGAGGUCAAGAUCAAAAUCACGUAGUAAUUCCCGCGAACGAGAAAGACACAGAGACUCACCAAGAUCGCGCCGUGUGGAACGUUCUAGAUCGCCAACACCACCUAGUUUUCUUGGUGGAGCAUAUCCCACGACUUCCGGAGGUAUAGAUUCUACAAAUAAAGGGCAUCAAAUGCUACAAAAGAUGGGUUGGAGUGCAGGGGGCCUUGGUGCUUCAGGCCAGGGUAUUGCAGAACCUAUCAGUGGCGGUUUCGUAAGAGAUAGACAAGACCAAUAUAAAGGUGUUGGCGUCAGUUUGAAUGAUCCCUAUGAAAACUUCAGAAAAAACAAAGGUGCAGCGUUCAUCAGCAGAAUGAAGGAAAGAGCCCUUGAACGUUCUUCAUGAUUCCCGCAGGCUAAGACUUUGUAAAUGUGUACAAUGGGUUAUGUGUGGAUGAAAUGAAUUCUAUUACCUAAAUCACCUUUUAAAUAAAGAUAAAAUAGUUUUA